GUCUCUUUCUUAAUCCUGUUCCGAGUUGAGGACAGAACCGCGUUAAAGAUCAGAACCGACCCGAUCAGCGGAUCAAUAAGAUGGCGGACUGUGUCAGUAAGGUGGAGCUGAGCGUUUCCUGUUCGGACCUGUUGGAUAAAGAUGUGGGCUCGAAGUCGGACCCUCUGUGUGUCCUGUUGCAGAAAUCAGGAUCCGACAAAUGGACCGAGUUGUGUCGUACGGAGCGAGUGAAGAACUGCUCCAGUCCGUCCUUCAGUCAGCGUCUCAGACUGGACUAUCACUUCGAAACGGUCCAGAACCUGAAGCUCGGAGUUUAUGACAUCGACAACUCGUCCUCUGACCUCGGCGAUGAUGACUACCUGGGAGGGGUGGAGCUAACUCUGGGACAGAUUGUUUCCAGUAAAACACUGACACGACCUCUGCAGCUGAAGAAAGGCAAACCUGCAGGGAAAGGAACCAUCACCGUCACAGCAGAGGAGGUUAAAGACAACAGAGCCAUCGAACUGGAACUGGAGGCCAAAAACCUGGACAAGAAGGAUACGUUUGGGAAAUCUGAUCCUUUCCUGGAGUUUUUUAAGCAAGGAGAUGACGGGAAGUGGCACCUGGUCCACAGAACUGAGGUGGUGAAGAACAAUCUGAAUCCAUCUUGGAAGAAGUUCUGUAUUCCCCUGCAGACGUUCUGCAGCAGUGACCUCGACCGACCGCUCAAGGUCGACUGUUCUGAUCACGACAGCGACGGGUCUCACGAUCUGAUCGGAUCUUUCACCACCAAAGUGUCGGAGCUGCAGAAAGCUGCCCACGGCUCCCUGGUGGAGUUUCAGUGCAUCCACCCUGAGAAACAGAAGAAGAAGAAGAGCUACAAGAACUCAGGAGUUGUCUCUGUCAAGAAAUGCAAGCUGCUGACUCAGUACUCCUUCCUGGACUACGUGAUGGGCGGAUGUCAGAUCAACUUCACCGUGGGGAUCGACUUCACUGGUUCCAACGGUGAUCCUCGUUCACCUAAUUCUCUCCACUAUAUGAGUCCAGAUGGGCUGAACCAGUACCUGUCGGCGCUGUGGUCUGUGGGUCAGGUGGUGCAGGACUAUGACACUGAUAAACUCUUCCCAGCUUUCGGUUUUGGAGCCAAACUUCCUCCAGACUACCAGGCUGCACACCAUGAGUUCGCCCUGAACUUUAACCCCACCAACCCGUACUGCCAAGGUAUUCAGGGCAUCGUCGAGGCCUACAGGAUGGUUCUGCCUCAGCUCAGACUGUCUGGACCCACAAACUUCUCUCCUAUCAUCACCCAUGUUGCCUCCAUAGCAGCCGCUGCCGCGCAGGCCAACAGCGCCUCUCAGUACUUCGUCCUCCUCAUCCUCACCGACGGGGAGAUCACGGACUUCGAUCAGACCCGUGAUGCCAUUGUGCGGGCGUCACGGCUGCCGCUGUCCAUCAUCAUCGUGGGGGUGGGACCGGCCGACUUCCAGGCCAUGGAGCUGCUGGACGGAGACGACGGUGUCCUGAGGUCGACGGUGGGGGAGGCGGUGUCCAGAGACAUCGUCCAGUUCGUCCCCUUCAGAAAGUUCAAAGACGCACCCAUGUCAUCUCUGGCUCAGUCGGUUCUGGCUGAAGUUCCCACUCAGCUGGUGUCGUAUUUUAAAAUGAGAGGCUUUGAACCGGCCAAACCACCAGUAAAACCAGCGGCGCCCAAGGAGUAGUCCACGCCAAGGAAGGAUAAACCACACCCACAGAGGAUAAACCACACAGCUUUAGACACUCCCACAAACAAUAAGACUUGGUCCAAAAUGCCAAGCCACGCCCCUUUACAUCCUUUCCCCAAAGAUGAUGUAACUAAAGACAGAUUCCAUCGAUUCUAUCGAUUACUUUAUUAAAGCCCCGCAGUUAAUUAUCCCAAAAUGCAUCAGGACAUUGACGGUGCCAACGUUCUGCUAAUGUUUACAACCGCUGGUGUUCAGCAGCAGGAGGGAGUUUAUUUUUAAUCGUGGUUUAAAUUUUUAUAAAGGACAGAUAUAAAGGUCAC